AUGUCGUCUUCUAUCCCCAUCCCCAAUGACUUUAACAAGAUGCUCUAUGAGGACAUCUCGGUCUACGACCCCGAGGUGAACGAGCUCAUCGAGAAGGAGACCUGGCGUCAGUUCUCGGGCCUUGAGCUCAUUGCUUCAGAGAACCUGACCUCGCUCGCCGUCAUGCAGGCCAACGGCUCGAUCCUCACCAACAAGUACUCGGAGGGUCUCCCCGGCGCCCGUUACUACGGCGGUAACGAGCACAUUGACGUCCUUGAGAACCUCACCCGCGAGCGUGCCCUCAAGGCCUUCAACCUCGACCCCAAGGUCUGGGGCGUCAACGUCCAGCCAUACUCGGGCUCGACCGCCAACUUCGCUGCCUUCACCGCCCUGAUCCAGCCCCAGGACCGUAUCAUGGGCCUUGGUCUCCCCGACGGUGGCCACCUUACCCACGGCUACUACACUGCCAAGAAGAAGAUCACUGCUUCGUCGAUCUACUUCCAGUCGUUCCCUUACCGUGUCGACCCCGCGACCGGCCUGAUCGACUACGAGCAGCUCGCGACCAACGCCAACCUCUUCAAGCCCCGUCUCGUUGUCUGCGGUGGCUCCGCUUACCCCCGUGACUGGGAGUACGAGCGUCUCCGCAAGAUCGCCGACGGCCAGGGCGCUUACCUCAUGUCCGACAUGGCCCACAUCUCGGGUCUCGUUGCCGCCGCCGAGCAGAACUCGCCCUUCGAGUACUGCGACGUUGUCACCACCACCACCCACAAGACCCUCCGUGGGCCCCGUGCCGGUCUCAUCUUCUUCCGCAAGGACAAGGACGACCUCGAGAGCCGUGUCAACGCCGCCGUCUUCCCCGCCUGCCAGGGUGGUCCCCACAACAACACCAUUGCCGGUAUCUGUGUUGCCCUUAAGCAGGCCGCUGAGCCCGCCUUCAAGGACUACGCCAAGCAGGUCCGCGCCAACGCCGCCGCCAUGGCCAACGUCCUCUUCAAGCACGGUUACCGCCUCCAGACUGACGGCACCGCCAACCACCUCAUCCUCUGGGACCUCCGGCCCAUUGGCCUCACCGGCUCCAAGAUCGAGAAGAUCUGCGACGCAGUCCACAUCACUCUCAACAAGAACGCUGUCGCUGGUGACACGUCGGCCCUCGUCCCAGGUGGUGUCCGUAUCGGCUCUUCGGCCCUCACUUCCCGUUCGAUGUUCGAGAAGGACGUCGAGCAGGUCGCCGAGUUCCUCCACCGCGUCGUCCAGAUCUCGCUCCAGGCCCAGAAGGAGGCCGGCUCCAAGAAGCUCAAGGACUUCGUCGAUGCCUUCGAGGGCACCGGCGAGUCUGCCAAGCUCGUCAAGGAGCUCAAGGAGGACGUCAAGAACUUCUGCAUCAAGUUCCCUCUUCCCUCUGUUGUCGACUCGUCGACGAUCAAGCAGUUCGACUAA